AAGUACCAAAAUAAAAGCUCGGGGAGCUCGCUGAGUGAUCCGUGAACUGUCAUGUCUUCCUUGCCGUCAUCUCGGUUCCACUCGGUCACUGUCGCGACGCGCCCCACGCUUACCACACAAUGUCGAGGGAUUCAGCUUUGGCUGAAAGUAUUGGAAGGGCCGUUCUGGCAGCUAUACAAGAAAUUAACCCAGCGUCAGCUACAACGGCUGGCGCAGAGCCACAACAGCACUUGGCUGUUCGGAACUACGCUGCUCUUAGAUCAGCCACACCGUCUACCUCCACUUUGACAUCCUACCGCAUGCUAUGCUGUCAUACUGAUUUGACCUAGAUGUCUAUUUGUGUUUUCAACAUGACUUGUGACUCCGGCACUGAUGGUACGGUAUCUUUAACAGCACCAGACUUCACCCCAGUGACCUCUCAGUCAGGUACCUACCAAGGAAGGCAUGAUAUAUCCAGAGAGGAGCUUGAACAUGUUCUUUCCCUGAAAACCACUUUUACUGAAGCAGCAUCUACUCUUGGAAUCUCAAGGCCAACUUUCUAUAAAUUACUACAAGACUACAAUAUUCCAACAUCAAAAUUUGAUCUAAUCAGUGAUCAACCAUUAGAUAUUGAAGUGUCACAAAUCAAAACUGAACACCCAAAUGUUGGUGAAGUGAUGCUCAUGGCGCAUCUGUAUGAAGGGAUUGCAACGAUCUCUCCUGGCAUGACGUCCUGUGCGAGCACAGUCAACACUCUACGCUUUGCCAACAGAGUGAAGGAGUUUGGGAUUAGUCCCUCAGACAUCCCCUUCUCCCAGGGCGGUCAGGGGAGUCGCCCUGAGCACUCGCAUACCAAUACCUUUGAGUUUGAUGACUUUGCUGCUACCUCUCCCAGCAGGUGGAGCACUCCACCAAAACACACACACACACACACACACACACACACACGUUGUUAACUAUUUAUCGCUUAAUAUUUUUGUAACUUAAGGAGACAUUUUGCUCAAUUUUAAACCGACGUUAUUCGUUUUAAUCUGAAGAACAGAUUCAGAACCAGCAUUUAUUUUUCUUAAUCUGAGCAGUUUUUCAUCAACACCCGUUUUUCUUGGCUAAGGCCUGCGAACCAUCAUUUUUAAAUCAAGCGGCAUUCAGCUGUGAUCUCCGGAAACCUGCUGGAACAGGUCCAUUUGGGUGGAACCAAUCAACCAACAGCAGGAUGAUGAAACGUGGCGUAAGUGGUUAGCACUUUGCCUUGCAGCAAGAAGAUCCCUGGUUCGAUUCCCGAGGUGGGCCUGGGAUCUUUCUGCAUGGAGUUUGCAUGUUCUCCCUGUACAUGCGUGGGUUUUCUCUGGGUACUCCGGCUUCCUCCCACAGUCCAAAAAUAUGCUGAGGUUAAUUGGUUACUCUAAAUUGUCCGUAGGUGUGAAUGUGAGUGUGAUUGUUUGUCUGUAUAUGUAGCCCUGUGACAGACUGGCGACCUGUCCAGGGUGUCCCCUGCCUUCGCCCGAGUCAGCUGGGAUGGGCUCCAGCACCCCUGCAACCCUAGUGAGGAUGAAGCGGUGUAUAGAGAGUGGAUGGAUGAUGCAUUUUUGUGAUGAAGGCAAAUUAGAUUUUUGGUAAAUAAUUACUUUAUUAAUUACUUUUAUUUGGUAUUUUUACAUGUUAGAACCAAAAUGAUGUGACAUUUUAAUUUUGAGACUAAUGGAAGACAGACAGGACUUCAGCUUCUCUUAAGGAUUUGGAGAGAGCUGUAGAAGAAGUAAAGAAGGGGAAGUUCAUACGUCAGGUGGCAGAUGAAGAUCCACAGAGUGACUUUUCAGCCCGUCAGGUCAUCCAUGAACAAAUGGAGACAGAUCUUACAUGAAAUGAGAUGGAAAAUUUUAAAUUUUACUUCAACAUAAUUGAUGGCACAAUUUACCCCCAACAUGUUUUCUGAAAAGGCUCAACUAACUCCAAGUUUGUUCCCUUUGGAAAGCCAUAUUCCUCAUAUACAAUGACUACACCAGUGUUUCAGCAUUUUACAUGAACCCAAAUUUAUCCACUGUGUGCUUUCUUUACAGUAAAUAUGACAGUUAAAAGUUUAAAAAAUAACUACAUUAUAUAUAUGCUGCUUUGUUUACAUUUGAACGAGGUAGUGCUGCAUUUAAAUCAGGGUGCAGACAGUUCUGCACAGUGUCUUACAGAUUUCAACGAGACAACAGGACUACUUGAAACUAGCAGGACAUCGAGAUUAAACUAAAGAUCAACCUUUCAACAAAAUCCAAAGAACCCAAGAUUUUUGAGACUUCUGGGACAAGAUCAAAAUGAACUUUCAAAGUUCAUCCUCGUCUUCAUCCUCAUCCUCAUCCUCAUCCUCAUCUUCCUCCGAGGGGAGUAUCGCAUGGCAGGGUUUCGAAUGGACAACAGGCUACACGGUGGUGAAAGAACUGAGAGAUGGAGGCUUUGGAAGAGUGCUGGACUGUGUGAAAAACAACACCGAAGAGCACGUGGCUAUAAAGAUGCCCACAUCGAACAAUCUAGACCAUGAGGCAGAAAUCCUGAAAAAGCUCAUGAGCCACAAUUCAAAGGAGUCCAACAUCAUCGAAUACAAAGGAGACGUCUUCUUCGAAGAUACGCGGCUCCUGGUGCUUGAGAAACUGGACAUCGACCUGUGGGACUACGUGGAGAAUUUCGCACAGCCAAUGCGAAUGGAACACGUCCGUACAGUUAUUCAGCAGAUGGCUGUUGCUUUGAAUGCAACAAAGAGUGCUGGCAUAAUCCACUGUGAUGUGAAGGAGGAUAACAUCAUGAUGGUGGAUCAUGUGAAGCAGCCCUUCAAAGUCAAGCUGAUUGACUUUGGUUUGGCCAAGUACAGAUCCGAAGCCGAAGCAGGAGAGCUAUUCCAAGUACUUGAAUAUAGAGCUCCAGAAAUCACCCUGGGCCUGCCGUAUUCAGAGGCCAUCGACGUUUGGUCCUUAGGCUGCGUGAUGGCCUGGAUGAUGACUGAAGAUAGUCUCUUCGGAUCAGGCUCAGACUCGGAAUACUUUACACUCCGACGCAUGAUCCGUCUGCUGGGUCUGCCGCCGCAACAUCUCAUCGAUGCUGGCCUGAGAUCACAAUUAUUCUUUCAGAAAAAGCCUAAUGGUUUGUGGCGGCUGAAGACACCUCGAGAGUAUUUUGAGACCGAUAUCGUCCGCUCCGACCCCGCGGUUUACAAGUUGGACUCUCUGGAUGAAAUGAAAACGGUGUCCUCUGAGACGGACAACCCAGCAGAGGCUGAUGAGAGGAGGGAGUGCAUGGAGCUGCUGAAGGCGAUGCUUCAGUGGGAUGAGGACGACAGAAUCACCCCCAGUGGUAUCCUCAACCAUCCUUUCAUCACCAAAAACUACCUCAACAGCAGCUCCCCCACCAGGAGUUGCGAUGAACCGAAACCCUCCAGCAGCAAGUUCAUCAUGGUUAAGCCUGCAGACCCAGAAAACAGAAUUAACCUGACAGGCUUGCCCGAUGAGGACGAUGACCUUAAGAGCAGCGAGCACGAGGACAGUGAUGAUGCUGACACUGCCGAAGACACCGAGGACAGCAAGGAUGGUUAUGAUGAGGAAGACACUGAAGUCAAUGAGAAGGAGCAGAGAAAGACGAAGAAGAACUGCUUCCAACGUGUCUUCUCUUGGAUUAAGAAGAAGUUCUGCUGCUGCUGUGUGUCCGAUGUGAUGAACUGAGCAGCAGUGAUGGACUGCAUUAACAUUUCGGACUCACAGUUCCUGACCUCAGAAUCCUUCGCUGGCUUUAUUGUUCUCUUGGGUUUUGAUCUCAUGACUUUUCUGUAUCCCGUUCUCAGUCUUCUUUCCCCUCACCCCAACCGGUCGAGGCAGAUGGCCGCUCUGUCUGAGCCUGGUUCUGCCGGAGGGUUCUUCCUGAAAAAGGGAGUUUUACCUCCCCACUGUCGCCAAGUGCUUGCUCAGACAGGGAAUCCAAAGGAAAUUUUGGAUUUGUUGGGUUUCUCUCUAUAAUUUUGUCUUUACUUUUGUCUUGAGAUCACACAUUUGAACUUGUAAAUAAAAUGGAUUGAAAAUGAA